AUUUAUUUAUUUAUUACAAUUAAUAAUUCAUGUGUGUUUUUUUAAUAUAUUUUUAUGUACUUCGCAUUUAGUGAAAUCAAUUCAUGUAUGAUUCUUUGUUUUAUUCAACGAGUGGUUUAAUGAUUUCGCACUCUGCAUCCCUAAUUCCACCCCCGCUUCCCCCUUUCUUUUCCCGAGGAUAACAUCUCCGAAAAAGGCAUACAUGCCAGGUGUCUGGUGAUCACAAGAUGAAUAUCAUGUGUUAGCAUACUCUCAAAUACACUCAUACACACUCGCUCUCUUAAUUCAUAAACAAUAUCUUUGUCGUUGAAUGGGUAGACCACAUAUGGGAUUAAUUACCAAGAUUAAACAUUCCAGUCAUAGCGAACAUUUUCUCUUGUUGAAGUAUCCACGAGAGCCUUAUGAAUGUAACGGAUGCAGAGUACUGGGGCUUGGCCCAUGCUACGAAUGCGAGCACGAAGACUGCAGCUUCUAUCUUCACGAGGAAUGCGCAAAUGCUACUCCAUCUGCCUUACAUUCAUUUAAUUCGAAGUGCAGCUUGAGAUUUCACUCCAGAGCCCCGCAACGGGGUAGAAGAUUCUGUGAUGCUUGUGGACAAGAUGUAUUAGGGUUCGUGUACCAGUGCAAAUAUAAGAAGCCACACGAUUACCAUCCCAGCUGUUUAAAGCUCCAGCAUACCUUAACAGCUGGUGAUGGCACGAGGUUACACCUGAGGAAGAAGCUGCCAUCGAAAUGCUUAAACUGUGGAAGUAGGAAAACUUCGAACAAAAUCGAAGGCUGGUCCUAUGUUUCUUCCUGUGGUCACUAUUGUUACCAUGUAGCAUGUGUGAAGGACAUGAUCUUGAAGAAGUGGAAGGAGGGUUAUUUCCUUCAAGAUGGAAACGUGAAUGAGACGGAUAAUUACCUAACACUUCAAAGUGCCAUCCCAAGUAGAGAACUAGAACUCCCAAGUAGGAAAAGUUCAAGCAAGGCCAGGAAUAUAUGGAGAAAGGCAAAGAAAGCUAUUAUGCUUAUUAUUUCUGCUUUGUUUGGAGAUCCUACGACUCUGAUUUCAGUGCUUGUUCAACAGUUGCUCUCCGAUUAAAGCGUAAUACUGGCCUUAUCGAUGAUUUUUCUUUGAAAUGAAUUGCGUGUGUAAGCCUGCCUCCCAACUCUCCAACUCGUGGCUCACGAGUCAGUACUUGCGUUAUAUGUAAGCUAAUUAAGGCACGGCUUCCCUGUGAUUGAUAUUUAUCUCUGUAUUUCUUUGUUGAUUAUAUGUUAGGUCCAUGUACAUGUCCAUGUCCACGGGAAUGUUAAGCAUCAUCGUUACAUUAUCAACCCAAAAAAAAAAAAAAGGUUUCCUAUAUAUAUUUCAAUUACGACGA